AUGUCUGGCAGUGGGCACCCUGGACCCAAGGACUGGGUGUUCCUGACAAGAUUUUGCUUCCUCUCGGAUUAUGGCCGACUGGACUUUCGUUUCCGCUACCCAGAGGCAAAGUGCUGUCAGAACAUACUUCUUUAUUUCGAUGACCCUUCCCAGUGGCCAGCAGUGUACAAGGCAGGGGACAAGGACUGCCUGGCCAAGGAGUCGGUCAUCAGGCCAGAGAACAACCAAGUCAUCAACCUCACCACCCAGUAUGCCUGGUCGGGCUGUCAGGUGGUGUCUGAGGAGGGAACCCACUACCUGAGCUGCUCCAGCGGCCGCAGCUUCCGCUCGGUCCGUGAGAGGUGGUGGUACAUUGCUCUCAGCAAGUGUGGGGGAGAAGGGUUGCAACUCGAAUACGAGAUGGUCCUCACCAAUGGCAAGUCCUUCUGGACUCGGCACUUCUCGGCUGAUGAGUUUGGGAUUCUGGAGACGGAUGUGACUUUCCUCCUCAUCUUCAUCCUCAUCUUCUUCCUGUCCUGUUACUUUGGCUAUUUGCUGAAAGGUCGCCAGCUACUCCACACAACUUAUAAAAUGUUCAUGGCAGCCGCGGGAGUAGAGGUCCUGAGCCUCCUGUCUUUCUGCAUCUACUGGGGCCAGUAUGCCACCGAUGGCAUUGGCAACGAGAGUCUGAAGAUCUUGGCCAAGCUGCUCUUCUCCUCCAGCUUCCUCAUCUUCCUGCUGAUGCUCAUCCUCCUGGGGAAGGGAUUCACGGUGACACGGGGCCGAAUCAGCCACUCAGGCUCGGUGAAGCUGUCUGUCUACAUGACCCUGUACACCCUCACGCAUGUGGUGCUGCUCAUCUACGAGGCUGAAUUCUUCGACCCAGGCCAGGUAUUGUACACCUACGAGUCGCCAGCAGGCUAUGGGCUCAUCGGGCUUCAGGUGGCGGCCUACGUGUGGUUCUGCUACGCCGUGCUGGUCUCCCUACGCCACUUCCCCGAGAAACAGCCCUUCUACGUGCCCUUCUUUGCUGCCUACACCCUCUGGUUCUUUGCUGUUCCGGUCAUGGCCCUGAUCGCCAACUUUGGGAUCCCCAAGUGGGCCCGGGAGAAGAUCGUCAAUGGCAUACAGCUAGGAAUCCACUUGUAUGCCCACGGUGUGUUCCUGAUCAUGACUCGCCCGUCGGCGGCCAACAAGAACUUCCCCUACCACGUGCGCACGUCGCAGAUCGCGUCGGCCAGCGCCCCGGGCCCCGGGGGCAGUCAGGCCGGGGCCAAGGCCUUCCCGCAGCACGUCUACGGCAACGUGACCUUCAUCAGCGACUCGGUGCCCAACUUCACGGAGCUCUUCCCGGGCGCGGCCUCCCCGCCCUCUCCCGCCGGGCUCCCUAAGUCGGUCGACCGGGGCUGGGAUGGCCCCUCGGCGCCCUACCAGCCGCUCGUGCCCCAGACGGCGGUGCCGCACACCGGCUUCACCGAAUACUUCAGCAUGCACACGGCCGGGGGCACCGCUCCCCCGGUCUGACCGCCCUUGUCCCCCCACUGAGCCCCACCCCCCGUGGGCCGCGCGCUGGGGCCCGGAGCCCCCGCACUAUCCCAGCCCCAGGCUCGGCAUCUCACCCACCCCGGCCCCACCCAGCCCCCCUGCUCGCCCAGGUGAGGGUGCGCUGCGUCCCGGUCCCGGUCCCGGUCCCGCCCCCCUCCCCUACUCCUGUGCCAAACGGUCCCGCGGGAGCCGCUCUCCCCGUCCCCUCCCUCAGCCCCCGCCUCAAGCGGCGCCGGAUUCUGGGCUUCCGCUGUUCCGUGACCUCCGGCCCCCCGCCCCCCUCCGAGACCUCUGACCCCACCGGACCCCGGGACCCUCGCGACGACCGCCAGGACCCUGCCCAAGACUCCAGGACUCCGCGACCUGGGACGGAUAUUGCGAAGCCGAUGUCUGCUCUGCUCUGACAACCCUCCCCGGACCCUCUGUGACCUCGGACCCAGUUCCGCCUCCCCCGACCUUGACCUUCGACCUUGGAUCCAUCUCAGGGGGGCCUGCCCUCAGGUCCCAGGCUGAAGGACUUGCCCCCACCCCUUUGCCAAAAUAAAAAGGAUUCGUUGAGUUUUUACCCAUAAA